AUGAGCUACUUUAUCUUGUUUAUUCAAUCUUUGGGUAGAUAUAGCGUAGCUCAGGAAAAUAGCAUUCCAACUUCAGCACAAGCUGUCGCUCUUGUGUUCACAUUAUUGUUAGGAUGGCUUGCAGAUUGGAAGGGAAGACAUCUUACUCUUCAGAUUGCCUUGACCGUCAACUUGGUUUCUUGUAUAUUUUUGCUCAUAAGUCCAGUCGAAGGAUGUGUAUGGUUUGGCUAUAUUAUUAGUGGAAUUAGUUGGUGUUAUGGACCUAUAUUGUUAAGUUGGUCCCAGGAAUUUUUAAGAAGAUCUGAAAUGGAAGCUAAGUUCACUAUAGGAGUUGCACAAGCCUCCGCAAUAGCUAAUUUAAUUUGGGCAACUAUUGUCUUGUGGAGUACAGAGAAACAAUAUCCCUACUACAGAGCUGCUUAUAUUGUGUGUCUCAUUUUAACGGUAGUUCAGAUGCCACUCACUUAUGGUAUGAACGUCCUCAUUAAGCGAAAGAAUAUGCUAGAAAAUGUCACACAGGUAUACGAGGAGAGAGAAAAAGAUGUAGAUUCUUGA